AUGGGGGGUGGAGAUCUUGGAGCUCACUGCUCAUUACCUGCUGUCUCUUUUCCAUCGCUCCACUCAUCGCUCUCGAAAUCAGGCCCGAACGGCGAAUCCGGGCUAGCGCUUUAUAAUCUGCCUCCCCUGCAGACGGAGUCCUCUACUUCCUAUCUUUUAUCAUUGCCUGCGGAGAUUCUUGAGGUCGUCAUCGAUGAGGCUUGUGCAUCCUCGGCUGACCUCAGCGUUCUUAGCCUCGUGUGCCGUGGUCUCCAUUCAUUCAUCACGCCCAGGCUUUACAAAUCUGUCAACUUAGUGGGCUAUGAGAGGGCAAAACAGUUCUCUUCGACAAUUUCCCAGCGUCCUAAAUUGGCACCUCUAGUACGGAAGCUGCAAAUUCAUUCCCAUGGCACGGACGAGGUUGAGGACGAAAAUUGUUCAGAGGACUUUGAUUCAACAAUUACCCAGUUGACCAAUUUGGAGUCAUUAGCAUUGCGAACCGACUUCUUCAACCGCUCGAAAGCUCAAAAGAUCGGUAUCAUUUGUCGACCACAUGAAGUUCUCCCCGCACUCCGUUCCAUCAAUCUUGGCUUCGACUACUACCGCGAUUAUGAAUGGUCUCUGACUCCAUACGAGGCGCUCUUCUACCACUCCGGUCUUACGACGAUCAGUAUCACAGGUGCCGCAGUGUCAGCAAAAUGGGAUUAUCAAGAUAUACAUCCCCCAGCACUCCGGUCAACGAACCUAGAAGAACUAGAGCUGCUGAAUUGCAAUAUCUCAAGCCAAGAGCUAGAACUGAUGCUGCGGUAUCCGCGUGCAUUAAAAAGCUUUACCCUCAAAGGAGAACCUGCGGAGUCGAAAUAUGGGUUCACUUGUGGGAGUGACCGAGGUGAAUAUGUUGACGUUCUCAAGGCCCACUCCACUUCCCUUCAAGUCCUAGAUCUGGAUCUAUACUAUGACUGGAGCGAAGAAAUCGAUCUUAGUCCUUUUACGGCUCUUGAGAGUCUCACUAUUACACCGAGGAUGCUGGUCGGAGAUAGAGGUGAUUUCAAAGAGCCUAUCGACAAUGGCGAGAGCCAGUCUAGCUCCCAGCUUGACAACGAACUUCCCCCUCUCACAUCGACGACCGAGCGCAGACUGAUGGCCAAGGUCGAUUGGCACAUUCUGCCUUGCCUGUGUAUUCUAUACCUUCUCGCGUUCUUAGAUCGAGUCAAUAUCAGUAAUGCCGCUAUUCUCGGUCUCAAGGAGGAUUUGAAUAUCACCGAGGGAACGAAAUAUAACAGCGCGCUCACGAUCUUUUUCGUCCCAUACAUCCUUUUCGAGGUUCCGUCAAAUAUGCUGCUCAAGAAGCUCAAGCCUCACGUCUGGUUACCGGCUUGCAUGUUCAUGUUCGGACUGGUUUUGGUCUUCCAGGGUUUGGUUAACAACUGGGGUGGACUGAUGGCCACCAGGUUCUUUUUGGGAGUCUUCGAGACGGGCAUGUUCCCUGGAUGCUUCUAUCUGAUGGGCAUGUGGUACAAGCGCUCAGAAGCUCAGAAGCGUUUCAGUUUCUUUUUCAGCUCCACCAGUCUGGCUGGUGCUUUCGGUGGCCUGCUUGCCAGUGGAAUCGGAAAGAUGGAUGGUCUGCGUGGCUACAGUGGCUGGCGAUGGGUCUUCAUCAUUGAGGGCGUGUUGACCAGUGUUGUUGCCCUGAUCUUGUUCUUCUUUAUCGCUGAUUUCCCCGAGGAUGUAAAAUGGCUGAACGAGGAAGAGCGCACCUACAUGCGCGCCAAGUUGGCCAAGGAUGUAGGCAAGGCUGCUCACCAUGUUCGUAUGGGCAAGAAAGAGGUGUUAGGUGUUUUCAAGGACUACAAGGUCUUCAUUGGAGGCUUCAUGUACUUCGGUUUGAUUGUCCCCGCCUAUAGUUACGCCUACUUCGCUCCUACAAUCAUCAAGUCCUAUGGCUACGAUUCUAUCAAAACUCAGCUGUAUUCCAUCCCUCCCUGGGCUGCAUCCUUCGGAGUCUCAAUGAUCAUCGCAUUCUUCUCCGAUAGAAUGCGUCAACGAUUCGCAUUCACCAUGAUUCCAAUGGCCAUCGCUAUUGCUGGAUUUGCAAUGCUGCUUACGAUUACUAGCAAGGCUCAAACAGAUGCCCAGUAUGGUGCUCUGUUCCUUGUCACUAGCGGCUGCUACAGCGCCAUGCCUGUCAUUGUAUGUUGGUUCGCCAUGAAUUUGGGUGGCCAUCACAGACGCAGUGUGGGAACUGCUUGGCAGGUAGGCUUCGGUAACAUCGGUGGGAUCAUCGCGACUUGGUCGUUCGUGGAGAAGAAUGGUAAAAUCGACUAUCGAACCGGUUACAUCAUCUCUCUCUCGUUCGUUUGCUUCUCUAUCGCGGCCUGUGUUGCCUAUCUCAUUGCCAUUGUGUACGAGAACAGGAAGCGUGAUCGUGCUGCAGUUGAUCCUGCUUCGAUUGACGAGGAAGAGGAGGAAUACCUCGGCGACUUGGCGCCCACCUACCGCUACGCAUACUAA